CGGGCCGCCCGUCAGUGACGUCGCUUCCGGCGCCGCCGCCGCCGGGAAGGGCCCGCGACGCUCCCGGCCAUGGAGCUGUCCCUGGGCACGGCAGCGCUGGCGCUGGCGCUGCUGCUGCUGCCGCUGCUCUACGAGCGCUGCGGCUCCUUCCGCUUCUUCUGCAAGAUGGGCUUCUACAACGGCUGGAUCCUCCUGCUGGCCCUUGUGGCCAUCCCCCUGUGCGCCCUCCGGGGCAGGGACGUCGAGAACAUGAAGAUCAUCCGGGGGCUGAUGCAGCACGUGAAGCACCUCUAUGGGAUCCGCAUGGUGGUGAGGGGGGCGCAGCACUUCCCCCCCCGGCAGCCCUACGUGGUGGUCAGCAACCACCAGAGCUCCCUGGACCUGCUGGGGAUGAUGGAGGUGCUGCCGGACCGCUGCGUGCCCAUCGCCAAGCGGGAGCUGCUGUACAUGGGGGCGGUGGGGGUGGCCUGCUGGCUGGGGGGCAUCAUCUUCAUCGACCGCAAGCGCACCCACGACGCCAUCAGCGUCAUGGCCGAGGCCGCACACACCAUGCUCAGCCAGGACGUGCGGGUGUGGGUGUUCCCCGAGGGCACACGCAACCACAGCGGGUCGAUGCUGCCCUUCAAGCGCGGCGCCUUCCACCUCGCCGUGCAGGCCCAGGUGCCCGUGGUGCCCAUCGUGAUCUCGUCCUACCAGCACUUCUACAGCAAACGGGAGCGCAGGUUCACGGCCGGCCGGUGUGUGAUCGAGGUGCUGCCCCCCCUGCCCACGCAGGGCCUGGGGGCGGCCGACGUGCCCGCGCUGACCGAGCGCGUCCGCGCCGCCAUGCUCCGCGCCUUCGACGCCCUGUCGGCCGAGCUGCGCCCCCGGACCCCGCGGCCACGGGGGCCCACGGACCCCCAGGGUGACCCACGGCACCCCACGGACCCCCAGGGUGACCCACGGAGCCCCACGGACCCCCAGAGCGACCCACAGAACCCCAUGGACCCCCAGAGCGACCCACGGCACCCCACGGACCCCCAGGGCGACCCACGGCACCCCAUGGACCCCCAGGGUGACCCACGGAGCCCCACGGACCCCCAGGGCGACCCGCGGGGACCCUCGGAGACCCCCAGCAAGCCACGGUGCUCCACGGACCCCCAGGGUGACCCACGGGGACCUACAGACCCCCACGGAGACCCCCAGGGACCUUCAGACCCCCACGGGGAUCCCCAGGGACCCUCGGAGCCCCACAGAGCCCCACAGUGACCCCCCACGGCCUUGUGGCCCCACAGGGACCGCCCCCAUCGUGGCAUGAGGGGCGUGGGGUGACCCCGAGGGGGGGCACGGACUGACCCCUGAGUGGGGAGCUGAGCCCUGAGUGGGGCACAGACCCACAAAUGGGGCAUGGACUGGCCCCUGAGUGGGGCACAGACCCACCAGUGGGGCACGGACUGACCCCUGAGUGGGGAGCUGAGCCCUAAGUGGGGCACAGACUCAGCCCUAAGUGGGGCACAGACCCCUAAGGGGGGCACAGACCCACCAGUGGGGCACAGACUGACCCCCGAGUGGGGCACAGAACUGUAUGCGUGGCAUGGACUGACCCACGGUGGGGCUGACCCACCAGUGGGGCACGGACUGACCCCUAAAUGGGGCACAGACCCCUGAGAGGGGCACGGACUGGCCCCUGAGUGGGGCACAGACCCCUGAGUCGGGCACGGACUGGCCCCUGAGUGGGGCACAGACCCACAAGUGGGGCAUGGACUGGCCCCUGAGUGGGGCACAGACCCACAAGUGGGGCAUGGACUGGCCCCUGAGUGGGGCACAGACCCCUGAGUGGGGCACAGACCCACAAGUGGGGCAUGGACUGGCC